AUGAGAAUUCAUUACCGGCUUUCGGAAAUUGUAGGUCUUUUGAGUGUUGCAUCAUGCUUUGACAGUAUAUCUAGCGGUUUUGAUUUAGCUACUGAGACGUCAUUGACGCUAUCUACAAUCCCAUCUGGAGAGCGCGUUUAUCAUUCAAGUGGCACGCAAGACGUUGAGUCCACAACUGAUUUGUCUAAACUGCUUUCAGAGCAUUUCGAAACAUCCAUUAUUCAUUCCAUAAGCGCAACGUCUGUUCAGAGCCAAACAAACCAGAUUAGUUGUGAAAGCACAGUUUCCAAUGACAAAACUCAAAGUACUGAUUCAUCUCCCACGGUUUCAGCGCCGUCCAGUUGUUCUGUUCAAGCCAGUCGCUCAGCUUUGCUUCAAACCGAAGAUUUAGAGCUUAACGAGAGCGACACCACUUUCCUUUCAUUCGACGAGUGGAAGAAGAUUAAACUCAGCCAGGACUCUGGCAGAGAAGUGCAGCCAAUCUCCAAACCAAUCUCACGUCCCGAUCUUUCGAUUUACAGGGGAGAAACUAUAGGUGACGAUCUCGAAAUCGAUGUCGAUCUUUUCACCUCCCACACUAGCAGUGCAAACGAUGAGCCAGAGGGCAAAUUGUAUAAAGAUCGAUUCAAUUACGCUUCCCUUGACUGUGCUGCGACAAUAGUUAAAACAAACUCAGAAGCCUCUGGUGCGAACGCAAUUCUUCACGAAAACAAAGAUAAGUAUCUUUUAACUCCAUGUUCUGCGUCCAACAAAUUCGUGGUCAUCGAGCUGUGUCAAGACAUCUUGGUCGAGCAAAUUGUCAUUGCCAAUUAUGAGUUUUUCUCUUCAACUUUCCAGACCCUGAGGUUCGCUGUUGCAGAUCGCUUCCCCCCCAAGACUGGAUGGAAGGUUUUGGGUGAGGUCAAUGCAAAUAAUACACGGAAUGUUCAAAAAUUUGACAUCUCAAAUCCCCUAAUAUGGGCGCGUUAUGUCAGAGUAGAGGUUUUAUCGCACUACGGAAAUGAGUUUUAUUGUCCCAUAUCGGUUAUUCGAGUUCAUGGUAAGACUAUGAUGGACGACGUGAAGCUGGACGAGCUGGAAGUAAGAUAUUCUCAGAAAGAGGAAAUUGCUAGGAGUGUAGAAAAGAAGACUGAAGAAUGCCUUAAGGAAGAAAUGGCGAUUUUGUCUCUUACAGGAAAAGUUCUGGAUAAAUGCCAAUUCCCGGAUUUUAGGUCUAAUGAAAAUUUGACCGCUAUUCCUGACUUAGAACUUGCGGGUUCACAGUGUCCAACCAGUUUACCAUACCUCGAGUUUGAUCAAUUUCUCAGAAAUUUCAAUCACAGCACUUGUGAUCCUGCCAAGUUCCAAAGCGCUCUCGACAUGCCUUCUUCAAUGCCUUCCUCUUCUGCCGAAGAGUCUAUUUUCAAGACUAUGAUGAAAAGAUUGAGUCAGCUUGAAAGCAACUCAACCUUGUCGCUACGAUACAUCGAAGAGCAGAGUAAGCUGGUAUCAAGGGCAUUCACCAACUUGGAAAAAAACCAAGAAAAGAAGUUUGAUACAUUAGUGGAGGCUCUCAACCAAACGAUCCUAUCAAAUCUGGGAGAACUGAGCGUUUUCUCCCAGCAACUGCGAGACUCGUCACUGAAGGUGUUAGAUGAGCAAAAACAGCUUAACGAUCAAUUGGUUUCGGAAACCUUGAGUCGGUUGGAAAGCGUAAAAAAGGACGCAAUCUUUCAGCGAAGACUUUCAUACACAAUGCUCUUUGCGUUUGCAACAUUACUAGUUUACGUUCUGCUAUCUAAAGAAGCAUACGUGGAUGAAACAAUGGUCGAUGACGGAUGGUACAUCAACUCUCCGCAAUUGCAGAAAGCCAAGGACAAGAUACUAAUAAAAACAGGCAAUAGAAAAAAGCUCAACAAACCACUUGUUUUCGAGGCUGGCCGCGGAAACUCGGGGGAUUAUAAGUCUGACGUCUCUGCAUCGACAUCUUCCGCCUCCUUGUAUGAUGAAUUUGUGUCCGAACACCUCGACUCGCCAGAGCCCAGCGGAGUAGAAUUAACUGAAAGUUUCGACGAAGAAAGUAUGAUUAUCGAGUCAGAUAUCAGCACCCCAAAAGCUUCUUAA